AUGCAACUGAAAGACAAUCUCACAGUUUUGGAUAUAUUGGAGAACUGGGGCUUGGAUUUAGACACCGUAUGUCGGGUGUACUCCCACCCCAUCGCCGACACACACAAUACGUACCACUUUUGCCACAAUAUAUCCCGAGUGAUAGAGACCGUAAACUAUAAGUACCGGUGCUUUACGUAUUUCAGUCAACUAAACACUACCGGCACUAAUAGCUCGCUAUUUAAGACAUCCAUGUUUUGGUCGCCGACUGACAGGGAGUCGUAUAAAGAGGACAUGGCGUACAUCGCUAUGGAGACCAAUCUUAGCCAUCCUAUGGAUCCGUUUGAUAAGACAUUCAGAGCCAGACUAACUGUGCACUCGCCGCAUAUGAUACCAUUCCCUGGGUUUUACACUAAUCUUAGACUAGUGGGUGAUUGGGGCCGACAGUACAACAUAAUGUUCUCCCGGACCUCAUCCCACCUCCUGGAGCCCCCUUAUGUCACAAAUUGUCGCGACUAUAACCACCGGAAAGGGGUCUCAGGGGACAGGGAGACUAUCAUAGAGUCAUACGACAUGUGUCUAACUCAUUGUAUACUCAAGAAGUACAGGGAAUUGUGUCACUGUUUGCCGCGUUAUGGUCUCAUAUACGCCAAGACAUGGCUCACCAGUGAUGACCACUUUUGUCCGAAGCAGUCAUUGUGUCAGACGUUGAAUAUCCGGCAGAAUUGCUCGACAGUGUGUCGGCCCGACUGUAAUCAAGAACAGUUUGCAGCGGAAGUGGUGGCAGAUAUGCGUUGGCUGGACAUCAACAACGGCACCGGUAUUAAAGUGGGCCGUAAGCCGGUUCCCGACGGCGUGUAUAGACACACGCCGGCUGUGUCGUGGAUACAGUUGGUGUCGGACGUGGGAGGGCUGGGAGGCCUGUGGUUAGGGUUUUCUGUGAUGGCUUUGGCUAAGAGUGCCUUUCAUAAGACAUUAGGCGAGGACUGUCUGAUUGGCACUGAAUGCUCGCAAUCUAUGCAUUUGUUCUGUGUUUCAAAGGUCUGUCUGUGCGAUGACGGCUACCAUAAGUCCGAUAAUAACACGUGUGUCACCGAUUCGCCGAAAACUGGUAUGUAGUCCCAUCACUUGAGAUCCCUUUCCCCUCCCAUCC